GUGGUCCCUGGUCCUGUGUUGCUUCCUCACAGUCACAGGAGGGAUGGGUACAGAGGAGGAGGUUCAGCAGGUCCCAGCUCAGGACGCUCUAGGUCUCCUGGCCUCUCUCUAUAGAUCAUAACCUCUGUUGUAUGUUACAGGAAUGUCCUGCUCAGUGUCCUGGUGGUCCCUGGUCCUGUGUUGCUUCCUCACAGUCACAGGAGGGAUGGGUACAGAGGAGGAGGUUCAGCAGGUCCCAGCUCAGGACGCUCUAGGUCUCCUGGCUUCCCUCCAACAGGCCAGUGAAGGGUCGAGUAACGAGUUACGGAGGAUGGCAGACAUGUACCAGAUUCUACAGUUGGCAGCCCUGCAGCAACAACAACAACGGCAAAGACUACUAGAGUUAGAGGAGAGGGAGGAGGGCGAGGAACUACCCUUGGCCCUUCCUCUACAGGCAAAGAUUGAAAAGGACGACUACCUCAAGGACAAGAGGGGCAGCUACAUGUCACUGUGCCAUUUCAAGAUUUGCAACAUGGGUCGCAAGAGGAACUCCUAUUGGCGGAACUAAAAACUGCUCUGGUCAUAAGUGAACUAAUAAGUUGACAAUUCCCUACAGCCAAUUCCUUUGUAUAUAGAAGUAUAAUUAUUUUUCCUAUUCUUGAACUGUUGUUAAGAACAACAAAAACAAUAAAAAAAUUAGGGGUUUCAGUUAAUUUUUGUUGUAUAUUUUCAAAAAUGAGUGUGAUAUCCUCACUUAAAUUAUUAUGAUUAUUACAGCCAAAGCUAAUAGGUUUAUGUAUUAAAUUGAAUCAUUAUCAACAAAUUUUAAAAUUAAUAUUUGUCCCUAAUAUUAUGUGUAUGGAAAUCUUUCUUCGACAACAAUGCUAAAUUAAUACAGUAUGAUAAUAGCUGCACUCUAGCGGUGCAAAACGAAACUACGUACAGCAACAGUAGUACCGAGUGUAACCGCUAGAGCGAUUCAGUGAUUUCAACAAAUGGUAGUUAUGUUUCCUAAUAAAUUAAAAUAAUUACAGACAGCUUUCGAGAAAUAAUAUCCUCAGAAAGUGGUUAGUAAUAUGUUUUAAGUAGGUUUAAAUAACUUUUAAAGUAAUAGUAAUUUGUUUAAGACAACAAUAUUGUAAUUUACCGUUUGGUUCUCGCUUCGAAAACUGCAUCCAUGAUUGGUUGGGUACCUUGAAUUCACCCAUCUUGACAACUUUGCGCAGUGGCAAUAUCGUAACCAAAGAAGUUCAACUGAGGUGCGAUUAUUGCUAAUUGAAAACUUUUACCAAUACCCCGCCAUGGGGGCUUGAAAUAUAGCCCACAUCGGCAAUUUUUGGCAGCCUUUACGGGGGCUCAUAAACCUCAUCACUCAAACAAGCUAAGCCUUGAACUAAAUGUUGAUGUUGAGGGCACUCAAUUCUUUAUACGGUACUCAAAUUAUCAUACUGUAUUUAUAUACCUGAUUGAUGAAGAAGAAGUAAAUACUACAAUAUGACUUAAAUUGUAUUACUUCAUAAUUAUGUGUUAAAUUUCCCACAUCAGAGUAUCCCAGAUUGUGAUUAUCUAUAAAAAUUCUCAACAUGAACCUUAAUAAAAUGUAAUAAAAUUCUGAUGAGCUGAACACUUUAAAGUGGUGACAUGCAGAAACGAGGAAUUAGGCAUCUUUUUAAAUCAUCUGCUUAAUCAUUUAAGGAUAAAAAUAAACACUCUUUUCUUUCUGCUGCAAAUUGCACUGUAACAGUUCACAGUUUUACAAUCAAUAUUGGAAACUUUUCUUUCAGUAUUUUAGAUAUUUUUGUUGAAAAUUUCGAGACGAACAGAAAUCCUGACAAUUUCUAAAUAAGUCCAAACUACCCCAAAUAUCGGUGUCAAAACGAAGUGGUAUUAAUCCUGUAUUUCUUUUUAUCUAUUCAAUAUUUUGUACUUAAGUAGCAUAAUUUGUAAAUAAAUGUUUGCUUUUUUUACUUAUUUAAGACCUGUAGCUUAGAGGUUAUGUUCCUUUGCAUCAAUGACUUAAUAUUUAGCAAUUAAUUGUUGUGCUCAAAAUAUUGUUACCGUUUUCUUAAAUUUUUACUUAUUCCUCCUAUGGUUAUAUUAUUUCUCUCAUGUUUUGGUUUUGAUAGGGCUUCAUAUUUAAUUUGUAUACAAAACUAUAAGGUACAGUACCUGUUUUAUUCAUUAACAAAUUUUCCUUAAUGUUAGUCAUAAGACAAGAUUCUAAAAAGUAAAUUUAAAUUAAAUCUUUAAGUUAAACUAUUUUUUAGUUAUUUUAGUAUUUUCCCCAUAGGAGAGCCCAUUAUGUUUAGUCUAGUAUUUUGUAGUUAUUGUGUAUAUAAAGUUUUUACGACAUAUUUAAACUUAUUUAUUUAUUCAUAUUAUAGGCUUACCUGUUGUAUUUAAACUUUUACUUUUAUUUAUAAGGUUUUAUUUAUCAAGUUGUUUAUAAGUUUGCAAGCCAGAAAGAGAGGCAAAUGAGAAACCAUUUGUAUAGAUUGUAAUGUUGUGGCAAACAUUGUUUAUAAAUAAUAAAACUUUAUCGUUU